AUGGAUGCCACUCAAAGUUCUUUAAGUAAUUGUCCCGAAAAUCUUCGAGAACCGAUUAACCUUUGGUUACGACUCGAUCAAAAUGAAGAAACUAGAAAAGAAGUUCUGCAGCUAUGUGAGAAUAAAAACUGGCCUGAAUUACAUCAGAGGUUUGAUACGAGAAUUGUCUUUGGUACUGCAGGUUUAAGGUCAAGAAUGGAAGCCGGUUUCUCUAGAAUGAACUCUCUAAUUAUUUUACAAUCAACCCAGGGGUUAGCCAACUAUAUUAAGGAACAAUUUCCGAACAAUCUUACUGCAGUGGUAGGUCAUGAUCAUAGAUUCCAUUCCAAAGAAUUUGCAAUAGUUACGGCCUCAAUUUUUUUAAGAGCUGGAUUCAAAGUCUUUUAUCUAACUCCAGAUGAUCAGUUUGUUCAUACACCACUGGUCCCAUUCUCUGUACUCAAUCUGAAAGCAAGUGUCGGUGUUAUGAUUACAGCAAGUCAUAAUCCAAAGAUGGAUAAUGGCUAUAAAGUAUACUAUGAUAACGCAUGCCAAAUUAUACCUCCACAUGAUAAAAACAUUGCAGAAAUGAUACAAAAGAAUCUAGAACCAUGGUCAACAUCAUGGGACUGGGAUGCAACCUUCAAAAAAGGGUUGGAGACAAAUAAACUAGUCUUUAUAAAGGAUCUUAUGACAGAGAAAUAUUUGAUGCAAAUGAAGCGAGUACUUAUCCAUAGUUCUCAUUUGUCACUCAAGGAUGUCAAGACACCUUUUUUUGUUUACACUCCUAUGCACGGUGUUGGCGCUGAAAUAUUUGCAAAAGUCUCAAGUGAAUUACUCAAUCUCCACGAAAAUGUCGAUUAUUUGGUUGUGUCUGAGCAGAGACUUCCAGAUCCAAGUUUUCCUACUGUCAGUUUUCCCAACCCCGAGGAAAAGGGUGCUUUGUCCUUGGCAAUUAAAUUGGCACAAGAAAAUGGACUAUCCUUAGUUAUUGCUAAUGAUCCUGAUGCAGAUCGAUUUUCAGCUGCUGUUUUAAAUAAAAAGACAGGAAAAUGGAGACAACUAACGGGUAACGAGAUUGGAUUUUUAUUGGGAUACUACGAAUUCCAGCUAUAUGAACAACAGGAUGUAGCUUUCCGCAAAACGCACCCUCUAGCAAUGAUAAAUUCGACUGUAUCAUCCCAAAUGAUUAAAAGAAUGGCAGAUAUGAAUGGUUUCCAUUACGAAGAUACAUUAACCGGCUUUAAGUGGAUAGGCAACAAGGCAAUUGAUCUAAGACAAGAAGGAUACUACGUUCCAUUUGGAUUUGAAGAAGCUAUUGGAUAUAUGUUCCCCGAUAUGGAAUGUGAUAAAGACGGAAUAAGUGCAGCUACAGUAUUUUUACAAGCUUACUGCCACUGGAUGAAUCAAUAUCAAAUGUCACCUUUUGAUAUCAUGGAAGAAGGUUUCGGAAAAUUUGGUGUGUUUAAGGAAUAUAAUGGAUAUUAUAUACUUAAGGACCUCAGCAUUACGAAGACAGUAUUUGACUUCAUUAGACACGAGUACCCUUCAACUAACAAAAAAUAUCCAUCUGAAAUAGGAAACGAACUCAUUGUGACAGUGUUUAGGGAUCUAACUGUUGGAUACCAAUCAAAUACAAAAGAUAAUAUUCCAAAUUUACCCGUUGAUCCAACAUCCCAAAUGAUAACCGUUGAGGCAAAGCCAUCUGAAUUUUCCAAUCUUGAAGGGACGGUUCGACUUACAAUGAGAGGUUCAGGGACUGAACCAAAAUUGAAAGUGUACAUCGAAGCUUGUUCUAAAAGCGAAGAAUCUGCUACUAACCUAGCUCGUUCCACCUGGGAUAUACUCAAAAGAGAAUGGUUUAGACCUGAAGUGACUGGGUUGACUACUUCCUUCUAG